CGCUAUGUAGGAAGUAAAUUCCGCCGUUCUUGUUGCUUAAAAACACCUGAGUGCUUCUACAUGAUCCGUCUUCUCUCUCUUGUCACUGAGCAGUGUUCGCCUCACCGACCCGAAUAUCUCUAACACGUAACGUUAACAACCCCGGGUCCGUGAAACUGACGAGGUAACGUUGGUAACGGUCCAUGAGUCGCAGUCGAAACCCCCCUCCCCGGGGUCAAGGGGCAGCGCGAGCCAAACAGAUGGGGCUGCUCCUUGACCUGUCCCCGGACGGAGGGAUGAAUGAUGAGGGCAAUGAUGAAGAGCUGGAGGCAGAGCUGAUGAAUCUGGUGGGUGGAGGAGGUGGAGGAGGUGGAGGUGGGAGAUCGCAAGGGAAGAAAGCUCCUGUUCCCAUGGCUGAUAUAGAGCGAAUGGCAGCUCUUUGUAUGAAAGAUCUGGAUGAUGAGGAAAUUGGGGAUGACGAUUUGGAUGAUGAUGAUCUGCUGGCCGAACUGAAUGAGGUUUUAGAGGAUGAUGAGGAACAAACUCCUGCUCCCACACCUCCUGCUGUCACUCCGACUGCUCCCAAAGUGAGCGUCACAUCCCACUCUACUCCUCCUGCUGCUCCCAGUGGUGCAACUGGGAUGGAGUCCAGCCUUUUGGAGCGCAUUGAAAUGUAUAAGACUGCCAUUUCUAAUGCUAAGGCUGCGGGCGAGACUAGCAAAGUUCGAAGAUAUGACCGUGGGUUGAAGACACUGCAGUCCAUGUUGACAUCUGUCAGGAAAGGAAAGCCUGUCAAUGAGGAGGAGAUCCCGCCUCCUGUCGCCCUCGGUGGAAAAUCCAACGUCCCAGCCGAGUCUGAACCGAUCAAGGAACGAGAACUGCCCCAGCCCACACUGUUGCCCUCUCCCUCCACAAAUCAGAAACCUCUAAGAGAGGCUGCGCCGACAGCUCCUAAUACGAAGCCGGUUCAUCUGACCCCGCCUCAAAAGACCACUGCUGCCAUCACCCCAGGAACACCUGCCAUCUCUCCUCUCACCCCCAGUCAGCCUGAUGCACAGCACUCGGAGGUGAAACAGGCCGUACUGACCAGACAGAAGGAGUAUAAGAUGGCCGCCAUACACGCCAAACAGAGCGGCAACAUUGACCAGGCCAAACAGCACUAUCUCACCGCCAAGAAGCUGGACAUGCUGCUACAAGAAAUGGACAGCGGCAAACCAGUAGACCUGAGCUCACUACCUCCUACUCCUGGAGAUGUAGUAGCAGAACACUGUGCACCUCCUCCUCCUCAGUCUUCCUCUAAAUCUACUGCUCCUGCUGCCCCUGCUGCUCCUGCACCCGCCCAGGUGGCCACUGCCGACCUACCUGCUCCCAGCAGUUUGGCUGAAGCCCUGCAGCAGAGGAUGGACAUAUACAAGUCAGCAGCAGAGGGAGCCAAGAGCAAAGGAGAGGAUCGUAAGGCUCGCAUGCACCAGCGCAUUGUCAAGCAAUACCAAGAUGCCAUCAGAGCUCACAAAGCUGGACGACCUGUCAGCUUGUCAGACCUACCUGUGCCACCAGGCUGCCCACCACUUCAGGGCUCAGAGGGGGGUCAGCAGAGCUUCCUGGGUGUCCUGGAAACGGCUAUGAAAAUAGCUAAUCAGGAUGGAGAUGGAGAAGAUGAAGAAGAGGAUGAACAAAGAGAGGCUGCCAAGCCUGCAGUGCGUCCACCGGCCCAGAAAGCAAAGUCUCCAGCUCCUCAGGCCCCUGGAGGCUCCUCAACUCUAAAACUGGGUACUAAAGCUCAGCAGCAAGUGGAUUUCCUGUUGCUAAGGCGACAGGCUUUUUUGCGUGCAGCACUGCGCUCCAAACAGAUGAAGGACAUGAACGGAGCAGGGCAGCACCUCAGACACGCCAAGGGUCUGGACCCCAUGAUCACUGCUGCCAAGUCUGGUCUUCCUGUUGAUAUCACCAAGAUUCCCAGUGCUCCAGUCAGUGAGGAGGACUACACCCUGGCUCGCUCCCGUACCUCCCCUCUCUCUCCUCGCUCCAGUGAACAGUACCAUGGCCUUAUGGAUCUUUUGCGGAAGCAGCAUGAGAAAUGUCUGGGCUACACUCAGCAGUUCAUACUUAUGGGCAAUGUGGCUGAGACUCUGAAGUUUGAGAGGCUAGCUGAGGAAUGUAUGAAGAACAUAGAAAUACUGAAGAAUUCCUACGCCAAGGGCCAGCCAGUGCCCAAGUGCCGCACGGAGGAGAGGACCUUCAACACUGUCAAGAUCCACUCCAGCCUGACAGCUAGUGAGCUGAUGCUGUACAUCAUCAGAGGCAUCAACCUACCGGCUCCAUCAGGUGUCUCACCUAACGAUCUGGAUGCCAGUGUGAAGUUUGAGUUUCCUUUUCCAAGUGCGGAGGAGGCUCAGAGGGACAAAACCAGCACAGUAAAGAGCACCAGCAGUCCAGAGUUUAAAGAGCAGUUCAAACUCCAAAUCAACCGCACACAUAGAGCGUUCAAACGAGUCGUCCAGUCCAAAGGAGUCAAGUUUGAAAUCAUCCACAAGGGAGGCCUGUUUAAGACAGACAAAGUAGUGGGCACUGCUCAGCUGAAGCUAGAGGCUCUAGAAAACCACAGUGACAUCAGAGAAAUCAUAGAGGUGAUGGAUGGACGUAAAGCUACAGGUGGCAAGUUGGAAGUGAGGGUGAAGAUCAGAGAGCCGUUAUCAGGAGUGGAUCUCCAGCCGGUGACAGAAAAGUGGUUGGUUCUCGAUCCUGUGUCCUCCCUUUCUCCUCCAGAAAGACAAAAAGAACGGGCUCCAUCUCCUCGGUCUAAACCAAGACAUGAAGCACCCAGCAGGAGCAGUCAUUCCAGCAACUCCCCUCCACAGUACAAACUCCACAGCUUCAGCCUCCUCAACUAUGAUAAGGACCGGCUGGAGAGAAAGAUGGCAGAGUACCGAAAGACGCGACGGGACCCCCCAUCUGACCUCAUCCAUCAACACAAAGAGGUCACACACAGACUGCAGUGGCAGAAAGCACAGCUAGAGCGAGCCUCACCUGCUCUGCUGACAGAGUAUGAAAAUGUGCUGGGGAGAUUAGUCCAAGGACUUUCUGACACUGUGAAGAAAUACUCCAGCCAAGGCAACAGGGACGUUGCCAAGGAUGCACUGGGCAGGUUGAAGAUGGUGGAGAGUGAGCUGGAAUCGCUGAAAAGGAAACGCACUGGAUGAAAGGAGAGUAAAGGAGUGAAGACUUGGCUGAAAUACUGUUAUACUCUCUCUCUCUCUCUCUCUGUUUCUGUCUCUGUCUCUCUCUCAUAUAUACAAACACUACAGUGGGUACUUUAAGGCCAUGACAGCUGCAUGAACCAACCUGCCUGAUGAGUCUGUCAAUUGAUCAUAUGACUUGUGUCGCCUCCCACAGUAUCUAAGAUUAAAUCUGCAAAGGGACACAGACAUUAAAACAAAGUUAAAUAGCUGAAGGAGAUGCAGGUUUAUUUGCACUUAAUGAGACAAACACUACAGAUGCUUUUAAAGUACAGCUUUACAGACUUUACCUGUAUUCUAAUUGUUUUGUUUUUUUUAUUCCCAGCUUUCCUUUGAGAAUUGUGUGUGACGAGAUCCGUCAAGUUUUACAUUUGACACCAGCUCUUUCGUUGGCCAUAGAUGACCAAAAAAAUGUGUGUGCGCGUGCUCUGAAGUGUGUUUAACCAGUGGACUGAGGUGUUUUUAACCCCUUUUCCCAUAUUUUAUGUGUGUAAUGAGCUUAAUCUAAUCUGUCUGCUCCAGUGUUCCCAGAUUACAGUAAUCUGCUCCGUUUGGAGUGGUGUGAUAUGGGAAUAAAAAAAAGGGGCUUCGGGGCGCUGCAGUCGACAUCCCAUAAUGAGGGAUUAGUGUUUGUGUCACCAAGGAGACGACUAGAUCAGACGUAGAGUUGCCUUUGGGGCUGGGGAGAGGGGGUGUUAACAGCGUGCCCUGAAUGUGGCAGAAGCUUAGUUCUGCAAAAGGGUUGCUUCAUCUUCUUCUUCUUCAUCAGCUGUUUCUUCUUUGUUGCCUGUUCGUCUUCACUUUCUUUACAGUAAUUCCUUCGCAUACAUUCAUAGAUUAUGCAGAAUCACGAGUAAUGGGCUGCUCCACUUGGAUUUUCUUCAAACUCAGACAAUGUUAAGUCUAUUGUGCUGUCGAUUAGAAAAUAAUUAACAGCUGCUGCAUCAGUGUGCUGCUACUUUGCACAGAUUUUGGCAUAUUCAGUUUACAAAACUAGAUUCUGUCCCACUGAGUUCUCCAGUGGCAGCACAGUGGAGUCUGCCCCACAGGAAGACAACCCAAUAUGUGUCAGUAAGGCUGGGUAAUUGUUCAUUUCUAUUUCUGUUCCCCCAUAGACAUCCCUGUCAAAGGCAUCCUUGUCAUUCCUCUCAACUUCACACUUGUUUUGACUGUAAAGUCAAGGGGACAAAAUUCAGACAAACCUGACACAUUUUUUUUAUAAAAUGUGGGACGAGUCCUGGCACCUUGAAAUUAAAACUUUUGCCACAACACCAGAUGAACAAAAACAGUAACGUGACACGUGUCACAUUACUGCCAUGUAUUCUCUGCUCUGUUCAGUGCCGUGGACACUGGCUCUGUUUCCUCUGUGUCCGACAACCUGCUAACCUGAUAGCAGCUGCUGUUGAUCCACAUUGAUUGCAUGUGGUCAGUAUGUAGCAGACUACUUUAAAUGAGUCUUACUGUAUGUUUUUAUUCGACUCUUUAAUGUGGAUGAUGUCUGGUAACACCACUAAUAGUUUUUUGGUCAUGUGACACAGCAGAGGAUCAUGUGUUUGCUCUAAUCCACCCACUGCCUCACCCCAUUAGCAAAUAAUCCUGGUUAAAGUUGACCUGAUGUGGCUCUCCAUAGUCUGUGUUGAUUUUUAUGUAACACCCCUUCCCCCACUUUUUUUUUUAUCUAUAAGGAGCAUAUCUUCUGACUCUUUUGGUGCUUUUGAUCAGCACUUAAAGGACUGUACCAGAUUGCCCCCUAACCCUAACCCCCAAACCAACUAGCUCCUUAACUACAAGUCAUGUAAACAUAAUAUUUCUUGCUGCAGUUUUUCAACGCAUGCAGCACAGUUUCAGAUUAGACGUAUCUUCCCUACUGGCCAAGGCAGCCAUUAGUUCCCAAUUAUUUCUGUGAAGUACGAAAAUCAUUUAGCAGACUUUUGAAGCCAAACAUUUGGCCCACAGAGUUGUGUAAUCCAUCACAGCAAACAUCAAGUCUGCAUUAAUGUUCUUAUAUCUUGCAUUAUGCAGUUGUGCAGUUUAAAUACAGAUUUAUUUGUUAUUAGCUCUGCAUUUAUGCUAGAUUACUUUAAAGAGUCAACUAAUUAUUUUUUUUUUUUUUACUUUUCAUUAUGGAAAAUGAAUGGAAACUGUUCAGAAAUUGGACUAUAGUUAACAUUUAGGUUCAUUAUUGGUUACUCUGCUGAUUACUCCAUUUAUACAUUUAUAUAUUAUUAGAUUAUGUUAUAAAAUACCAGAACAUCUUCUUAAAACCCAAAUCAACAGCUUCAGAUUUCUAACAUUUCAAAUAAUAAAUACAUGCACAUUUCAAAACCCAGAGAUAUUCAGAUUACUGUCAUACAAAACAAAGAAAAGCAACAGAUCAUCAUGGAUUAGAAGCUGGAUAUAGGCAGUGUUUGGUGUUUUGACUUGAAAAAUAACAAACAAAUAUUAAAUGGAUUAAUGAUCUAAUUGUUGCAGAUGUAGAAAAUAUACUUUAGCAACAUGUUUUUCAGAAGGUCUAGCUGUGAUGUAAACUGGUUUGUAGUAAAUGGGCUAAAACAUGCAGCACUCACACGCACACAAACUGCAACUGCACAAAACCCCUUUCUUCUUCUUUCACCACAGAACCUUUAACCCCAUGUCAUCUCAAACACACACACUCACUCCUGCCGCAUCACCCCACUACUCGAGUCACCUCGUGGCCUCUGAGGCUGUCCUGUUGUCGUGACAACGAGCUCAUCAGCAUUCAGUGUGGUAGUUGGAUGGUCAGGACCCGGGUAGAGGAACAUAUUGUUAAAGUUUGUCCCACUGAUGACUCACACUCCUUUCUCACAUUUAUAAAACACCACACAAACACACUCACACUCCUUUCUCACAUUUAUAAGACACCACCCUCACACACACACACACUCCUUCUCACUCUUUCUUUUGUUUUGUUUUGCUUUUAUUUUUAUCGUACUCUAAUCUUGCUACACUCCAUUUAAAAAAAAGAGGAAGUUUGGUGGAUUGUUUGUCAUUAUUAUUAUUAGUACUUGUGUCCUGAUCAGCUGCGGUACAUGUAUUCAUCUUGGCUUGGGAAAAUACUAUUGUUGAACCUAUUGCAUUUUUUUAAUCUGUUAAGUCAUGUAAGGGCAAUCAAAAUAAAUGUAAUGUUUAUAUACAGCAUAAUAUGCACUGUCUCUAUUUUUAAGUGUAAGUCAUGAUUUGUGCAGCUCAAAAGGGGAAUGUAUGAAAGCCUGAUUGUUUAGGCUUUAUUAUCUUGUGUUUAUUAUCAUGAGGUUGGUGAUAAUAUGAAUAAAGUGGUGAAACAGCA